AUGGUCCUCCACAACCCCAACAACUGGCACUGGGUCAACAAGGAUGCCUCUGGCUGGGCCAAGGAGUACUUGCAGAAGAACCUGAUCGGCCUCAGUGUUGAAGAAGGGGGCGUGUCCGCCCAAGUAAGCAAGCUAUUGUCCAUGGAUGGCGACGUAGAUGUCAGCCAGCGCAAGGGCAAGGUCAUCACUCUCUUUGAUGUCAAGGUGUCGCUAGAAUACUCAGGUAAGACCAAGGACGAUGAGGAUGUCAGCGGCACCAUCAAGAUCCCCGAGGUAGCCCACGAUACCGAGGAGGAUGAGUUCGUCUUCGAGAUUGAGAACCACGCCGACUCCAACUCCAAGCAGCCCGUAAAGGAUCUGGUGCGCACCAAGCUCGUCGCCAAGCUCCGCCAGGCCCUCGCCGGCCUGACCAGCGCCCUCAUCACCGAGCACGGCAAGGACCUCCAGCACGCCCCUGGCGUCAACCCCUCCAGCGGCUUCACCAAGGCCACCGUCCACCCCCAGACCAAGGCCGAGCCCUCCGCCACCCAAACCUCCACCUCCAAGGCCGGCAAAGUCGCCGUGAACACCACCACCGUGACUGCCUCCGACGAGUUCCGCACCACCGCCUCAGAGCUCUACAGCACCUUCACCGACCCGCAACGCAUCGCCGCCUUCACCCGCGGCCCGCCCCGCGACUGGGAGGGCGCCAAUGUGGGCGCCAAGUUCGCCAUCUUCGACGGCAACGUCACCGGCCAAUUCGUCACCCUCAACGAGCCCAAGCAGAUCGUUCAGACCUGGCGUUUGGCCCAAUGGCCCGAGGGCCACUUCAGUUCCCUGGAGAUCAACUUCGACCAGAACGACAUCGACGGCGUCACUCAGAUGCGUGUGACUUGGUCCGGCGUGCCUGUCGGCCAGGAGGAUGUCACCAAGCAAAACUGGGAGAUGUACUAUGUCCGCAGCAUCAAGCAGACCUUUGGCUUUGGCACUAUUCUCUGA